CUGCCAUCCGACCGAUCGUAGAUACGCUUUGUAGUGCUUUUCUUUCAAGUAACCAGCGGGAAAGCUCCUCGAAUAUCCUGAAGCCGUUGCGGUGCGUGGGGGGUGUUAAAACCCCCCGGUUCCGCCGGCCGCGUUUCGCUAGACCCAAAGGCGGCCUGGGAGCUGUGGUGGUGCUUCAGACGACCAACUUUCGACCAACUUUCAAUUCCAAGAGCCCUUGAGGCCAUUCUCAUGUCUGGUAGUCCGUACCUUUUCCCAUCGGUCUGAAGAAACAGUCUCUCCGGUCAUGUCUGGUCGUUUCGUCCGUUCGUCGAAGUAUCGACACGUCUUCGGGCGUUCUACGAGAAAGGAACAAUGCUACGAUAAUCUCCGGGUCUCCAGAAAUGCUUGGGAUACCAACCUCGUCAAGGUCAACCCCAAAUAUCUGUCGGUAAAUUGGGAGUCUGGCGGUGGUGGUGCAUUCGCUGUCAUCCCUCUCGAGGAGCGGGGGAAGCUCCCUGAGAGAAUCCCCCUAUUUCGUGGCCACACCGCGGUGGUGCUCGACACGGACUGGAAUCCGUUCAAUGAUGACUUGAUAGCUUCCUGCUCCGAUGACGGCAAGAUCUUCCUUUGGCGUGUUCCUGACAACUUCACCCUCCGCCCGGAUGUAGAACCAGACGACAUCCAGGACAUUGCCCCCGUAGGCAAGCUCAGCGGUCAUCCUAGGAAGGUUGGACACGUGCUCUUUAACCCCGCCGCUGAGAAUAUCCUCGCCUCGGCCUCCGGAGACUUCACAAUCAAGAUUUGGGAUAUCGAGGCUGGUGCUUCCAAGUUGACGCUGAAUAUCGGAGACGCGGUGCAGUCGCAGUCCUGGAGUGCCAACGGUUCUCUUCUCGUUACAACCUCGCGAGACAAGAAGCUGCGAGUAUGGGAUGUCCGCCAGGAGCGCCCUGCGCAAGAGACACAGGGUCAUUCGGGUGCCAAGAACAGUCGAGCUGUCUGGCUGGGUGAGCACGACCGCGUUGCGACUACAGGCUUUUCAAAGAUGAGUGACCGCCAGCUGGCUCUAUGGGAUAUCCGUGCCCCCCGCGAACCCAUCAAUGGCUUCAAGGUCUUGGACUCCAUAUCCGGUGUAUGCAUGCCGUUCUGGGACGAUGGUACGCAGUGUCUGUACCUCGCUGGUAGAGGUGAUGGUAACAUCCGGUACUUUGAGUACGAAAACGACAAAUUCGAGUAUCUCGCGGAGUACAAGUCGGGCGACCCUCAGCGCGGAAUCGCUUUCAUGCCCAAGCGCGGUGUCAACAUGCACGAGAACGAGGUGGUUCGGGCCUACAAGACGGUCAACGACACUUACAUCGAGCCGGUCUCAUUCAUCGUGCCGCGGCGCUCGGAGAUGUUCCAAGACGAUAUCUACCCCCCUACCAUCGGUCUUAAGCCGGCUAUGAGUCCUUCAGAAUGGUUUUCCGGCAAGGAAGCUAUUCCCCCCAAGAUCUCGCUUGCCAGUCUGUACGAUGGGGCUGGUCUGAAAGAAGUCACUGGCGUGCAGGACGCGCCUACGUCGACUAUCAAGCCUGCCGAAGCAGAAUCUAAGCCCGAGCCUGCGAAGAAGGCCCCAGAACCCGCACCGGCAGCAACACCUACUUACAGGGCGCCUCCACCCUCAAUGAAAGACCAGGGAGCGUCUAUGGCAGCUAUGGUCAACAAGUUCGCUGAUGAUGAAGAGAAGGAGGAGGCAGACGAUAGCUCCAGCUUCGAGGAGGUUUCCAAGCCCGUGGAACGGCCUUCUAUUACUGUCUCCCCCACAAAGGAGAAAGUGGUCGAGUCCAGGCCCAGUCCUAGCGCCAGCCAGCCAACACCGGCUUCUGCCGCCAGCACUCCCACUGCAACGGCUACUUCACCGGCAUCGGCAACUUCGAUCCCGACGGAUGCGGUCCAGCGAGAGAUGCAGGCCAUCAAGGAACUUAUUGCCGAGCAGACGAAGACAAUCGCAUCUCAGGCUGAGCAUGUUCAACAGCUGACUAACGAAAUAGAGGCCUUGAAAGCUAAGCUGGGAUAAACUGAACAAUGUUUCGCCAGCAGUAUUCAGCUGCAAUCGAACGCCAGACCCGCUUAAUCCUGAUUUAGGGGCGUCGACACCAGCUCUUCUUGUCACAUUGUCAUACGAUUCGUGUUCUCCAGUCAGGUUAGCUGACAGGCCAUCCAGGGACCAUGCUUGCCUCGUUGUAACUACAUUUCAUUGUACAGAUUUCUAGUCACAUCAAUGUUGAUCGGU